CAUAUCAUAGCCAUAACUUUAAACCAACCAACACCCUGGAACUGGAAGGGAGGCACACUAUUGUAGCCAGUCCUUGUGGCUUCAUACAUUACAUUUUAGAAGGAGCAUGCAAUGACGAAGAUGACUCUUCUUUAGCUCAACAUGUCUAAUUCAUGUAGAGGGCCUAAACUGAAAACGGUUGGCUAUCAUUUCCAUUUUACAUCGGGAGGAUAUACACGAGGUUGCUGAUAACAGCAGGAUUCCAUCUGUACAUUAUUUGAGGCCUAUUGACACGUUUUGUAUUGGCCCCUGAAUGUUCUGUUGCACUGCAGUGUAUUUCGUUUCCAUCGUCUCAAAUGUACAUGGCUGCAGGAAUGUUUUCCAGUUCUCGCUCUCCAUCAAGAAUAGAAGUGUCGCCAAUUUAUUGAACUGUCGUUAACAGGAAUACUGCUGGCAGAACCCGUGACGCUUCCAUGUCUGCUAUUUACAUUUUUAUGUGCUGACUACCUGUCUUCUCGUUCUCAUCCUCGUCUCAUUCUGCUCGGACGCUGCGCUAUUACCAAAGUCUAUAUAUGUGUCAUUACGUUCAUUACGUGUUUUUAGAAAACCAGUCACCUCGAAUGCACGAGCCAGACUGGAUUGAAUUACUUCGACCGUCGCUGCUUGGUAAAUGUGGCUUUGGAACGUAUGAAAAGCGCACUCUGAUUCCGUGUAGCACUUGCUCGAUGACGUACUACGACUACUCCGAUCUGUCGGUGUCUAGUGGUUGCGACUGUGUUGAGAGGCGGUGUCGCGCACAAUCAGGUGAGAUGCGGUGCGCGAUUGAUCGAUGUAGAUGUGAAGACCGUCUGAACUUUUUCUCCUUCCUCUACGUUUCUCCUUUUUUCAUUUGCAUUUUGUGUUUACUGUUCAUCCAACUACUGAAUGUUGAGGAGCUGCAUAUUGGUAUUCCUGAACAUAACUUUCCAUUGAUUUGUCAUUUUAUAUAAUAUGUAACAUUUAUUUUAUAUAUAUAUAUAUAUAUAUAUAUAUAUAUAUAUAUAUAUAUAUAUAUAUAUAUAAUUUAUUUGUCAUUUUAUUAUGUUAAUACUUUUUUAAUUGAAUGAAUGACAACCAUUAAUGAAAUACUGAAAUACAGUACCCUACACUGUAUGUAAAACGUGUUUUUUGCCUGCAGGGAUAUUUGGCCAGCGUUUACAAGACACAGUCCAGUAUGAGAAGAAAUUUGGCCACCGCCUGGCACCUCUUCUGGUGGAGCAAUGUGUGGACUUCAUAAGGGAACGAGGUCUGGAUGAGGAGGGUCUCUUUCGGAUGCCAGGGCAGGCUAACCUGGUAAAGGAUCUACAGGAAGCCUUUGACUGUGGGGAUAAGCCUCUGUUUGACAGGUAGAUCUGCAUUCGCUGUUAUUGAAUGGCAAAAAGUGCUGACUUGCUAUUUGUUCAGGUGGAAGUAGAAGUGGUGGCGACAGUAGUGGUGGUGGUGGUCAAUUAUUGACAGUCAAAUGAAAUGAAAUGUUAUUUAUCACAUGCACCGAAUACAAUAUUACCGUGAAAUGCUUACUUACAAGCCCUUAACCAACAAUGCAGAGUUUUAAAAAAGUAAGACGAAUUAGCUAAAUAAAUUCAAGGAAAAAUAGUUACAGAAUAAAAUAACAAGGCUACAUACAAGGGGUACCGGUAGCAAGCCAAUGUGGUAGGAGGUAGUUGAGGUAAUUGAGGUAAUAUGUACAUGUAGGUAGGGAGUAAAGUGCAAAGAAUUCAGACCACUUGACUUUUCUAAAAUUGAUUUUAAAAAUAUAUAAUCCUCAGCAAUCUACACACAAUACCCCAUAAUGACAAAGCAAAAACAUAUAUAUAUAUAUAUAUAUAUAUAUAUAUAUAUAUUGCAACCUUAUACAUUUUUUAAAACAGAAAUACCUUAUUUACAUAAGUAUUCAGACCCUUUGCUAUGAGACUCGAAAUUGAGCUCAGGUGCAUCCUGUUUCCAUUGAUCAUCCUUGAGAUGUUUCUACAACUUGAUUGGAGUCCACCUGUGGUCAAUUCAAUUGAUUGGACAUGAUUUGGAAAGGCACACACCUGUCUAUAUAAGGUCCCACAGUUGACAUUGCAUGUCAAAGCAAAAACCAAGCCAUGAGGUCAAAGGAAUUGUGACAGGAUUGUGUCGAGGCACAGAUCUGGGGAAGGGUACCCAAAAAAAUCUGCAGCAUUGAAGGUCCCCAAAAACACAGUGGCCUCCAUCAUUCUUAAAAGGAAGACAAGACUAUUCCUAGAGCUGGCCACCCGGCCAAACUGAGAAAUCGGGGGAGAAGGGCCUUGGUCAGGGAGGUGACCAAGAAUCUGAUGGUCACUCUAACAGAGCUCUAGAGUUCUUCUGUGGAGAUGGGAGAACCUUCCAGAAGGACAACCAUCUCUGCAGCACUCCACCAAUCAGGCAUUUAUGGUACAUGACAGCCCACUUGGAGUUUGCCAAAAGGCACCUAAAGACUCUCAGACCAUGAGAAACAAGAUUCUCUGGGGGCCAGUAUGAAAAAAUAAAUAAAAAUGUAUGCACUAACUGUAAGUCGCCCUGGAUAAGAGCGUCUGCUAAAUGACUAAAAUGUAAAAUGUAAGAUUGAACUCUUUGGCCUGAAUGCCAAGCUUCACAUCUGGAGGAAACCUGGCAAUAUCCCUACAGUGAAUCAUGGUGGUGGCAGAAUCAUGCUGUGGGGAUGUUUUUCAGCGGCAGGGACUGGGAGACUAGUCAGGAUCGAGGGAAAGAUUAACGGAGCAAAGUACAGAGAGAUCUUUGAUGAAAACCUGCUCCAGAGCUCUCAGGACCUCAGACUGGGGUGAAGGUUCACCUUCCAACAGGACAACGACCAUAAGCACACAGUCAAGACAACGCAGGAGUGGCAUCCGGACAAGUCUCUGAAUGUCCUUGAGUGGCCCAGCGAGAGCCUGGACUUAAACCUGAUUGAACAUCUCUGGAGAGACCUGAAAAUAGCUGUGCAGCAACGCUCCCCAUCUUACCUGACAGAGCUUGAGAGGAUCUGCAGAGAAGAAUGGGAGAAACUCCCCAAAUACAGGUGUGCCAAGCUUGUAGCGUCAUACCCAAGGAGACUCGAGGCUGUACUUUCUGCCAAAGGUGCUUCAACAAAGUACUGAGGAAAGGGUCUGAAUGCUUAUGUAAAUGUAAUAUUUCAGUUUUUAUUUAUUUAUAUAAAUUAACAAAAAGUUAUAAAAAAACUGUUUUUGCUUUGUCAUUAUGAGGUAUUUUGUGUAGAAUGAUGAGGGGGAAAAAAACAAUUUAAUCAAUUUUAGAAUAAGGCUGUAACCUAACAAAAUGUGGAAAAAGUCAAAGGGUCUGAAUACUUUCCAAAGGCACUGUAGAUAAUAAACAGAUAGUAGCAGCAGCGUUUGUGUGUGUGUGUGUGUGUGUGUGUGUGUGUGUGUGUGUGUGUGUGUGUGUGUGUGUGUGUGUGUAGUAUGUGCGAGUUUGUGGUUAGAUUCCAGUGACUGUACAUCGAGCCUGUGCAAGAGAGACAGUGCAAUAAUAAGAAUAAAAUAAGGGGGUCAAUGUAAAUAGUCCAGGUAGCCAUUUGAUGAACUGUUCAGCCGUCUUAUGGCUUGGGGGUAGAAGCUGUUAAGAAGCCUUUUGGUCCCAGACUUGGCGAUCCGGUACCGCUUGCCAUGCGGUAGCACAGAGAACAGUCUAUGACUUGGGUGGCUAGAGUCAUUGACCAUUUUUAGGGCCUUCCUCUGACACCGCCUGGUAUAGAGGUCCUGAAGAGCAGGAAGCUCAGUCCCAGUGAUGUACUGGGCUGUACGCAUUACCCUCUGUAGCGCCUUGCAGUCGGAUGCCGAGAAGUUGCCAUACCAAGCGGUGAUGCAACCAGUCAGGCUCGGCCCUCCUUUUCCUGUAGUCCACGAUCAGCUUCUUUGUCUUUAUCACAUUGAGGGAGUGGUUGUUGUCCUGGUACCACACUGCCAGGUCUCUGACCUCCUCCCUGAAUGCUGGUCUCAUCGUCGUGGGUGAUCAGGCCUACCACCGUCAUGUCGCCGGCAAACUUAAUGAUGGUGUUGGAGUCGUGCGUGGCCACGCAGUCAUGGGUGAACAGGGAGUACAGGAGGGGACUAAGCACGCACCCCUGAUGGGCCACCGUGUUGGGGGUCAGUGUGGUGGAUGUGGUGUUGCCUACCCUCACCACCUGGGGGUGGCCCAUCAGGAAGUCCAGGAUCCAGUUGCAGAGGGAUGUGUUCAGUCCCAGGGUCCUUAGCUUAGUCAUAAGCUUGGAGGGCACUAUGGUGUUGAAUGCUGAACAGCAUUCUCAUGUAGGUGUUCCUUUUGUCCAGGUGGGAGAGGGCAGUGUGAAGUGCAAUAGAGAUUGCGUCAUCUGUGGAUCUGUUUGGGCGGUAUGCGAAUUGGAGUGGGUCCAGGGUUUCUGGGAUGAUGGUGUUGAUGUAGUCAUUUAGGCAGGUUACCUUGGCGUUGUUGGGCACAGGGACUAUGGUGGUCUGCUUGAAACAUGUAGGCAUUACAGACUGGGUCAUGGAGAGGUUGAAAAUGUCAGUGAAGACACUUGCCAGCUGGUCAGCGCAUGCUCUGAGUGCGCAUGCUCUGAGUACGCAUCCUGUACUGUGAUGGUGUAUACACACGAGGCUGGUGAGGGGAGGACGGCUCAUAACAACGACUGCAAUGAAGUGAAUGGUAUCAAACAUAAGUAAACCAUGUGUAUGAUGUUUUGACUUCAUUCCAUUCCAGCCAUUACUAUGAGCCCGUCCUCCCCAAUUAAGGUGCCACCAGCCGCCUGUGAGACCUACAUAUACUGUACACACAUUACACAGGCCUACAAUAAAUCCCUCCACUGUUGGCCACUAAGAAUAUAGCACUUGCUAUUGGACUGAUUCAUACAGUUAGUAGACCACUCUAGAUAACUCUUUUGUGCACUCUUGCAGUAACACUGACGUCCACACGGUGGCGUCCCUGCUGAAGCUCUACUUCCGUGAACUGCCUGAGCCUGUGGUCCCUUUCUCCAUGUAUGAGGACUUCCUCUCCUGUGCUCAGCUGCUGGCCAAAGACGUGGAGGAGGUAAGAGACACUUCUCUGCACUAGUUCCAGUUCAUGUUACUAUGACACCGAAGCCAAAGAACAGAACUGCUCUGUCAUUCGAUAGAAACCAGUGUUCAAGUACAUGUUGUCUGUGUGAAGAAACAAUAAAUGGUGAUACUGUAUGUCAUAGGUUCUCAUCUCAUCUUUUAGGGUGUACAGGAGCUGGGCAAGCAAGUGAGCAAUCUUCCUCCCGCCAACUACAAUCUCCUGAAGUAUAUAUGCAUGUACGUCCACAAACAUCCAACUCCUUCUUUUGAAGAUCACAAAUAUCUUACUUUAUCACGGUGCCAUUUUCAUUUGGUUCUAAUUCCGUCCCACCGUGCCAUGCCUUCCUUUAUAGGUUUCUUGACGAGGUCCAGUCUCACGCAAACAAAAACAAGAUGAGUGUACAGAACCUGGCCACAGUUUUUGGACCAAAUAUCCUCCGGCCCAAAAUGGAGGACCCAGUGGCUAUUAUGGAAGGUAUGAACUCUCAUUCAUUUUAUAUCAUACUGAUAUUAAUAGGUGCUGCAUUAAUCAUCUGAGACAGUACUGAUAUUUUUUGAUUAAACUGUCUGGGAAGUAUGAGGCAGAGUAGACACAGUACAUUAGUCUAUGGACAGUGGACGACAGAAAAACAUCACUUGCACAUUAUCUAUUCAUGACUAAAGUAGAGCAGCGUUGUACAGUAUGGUUCCUUAUACCUUUUCAUUGUUUCUUAUUUCCUGUAAAGGGACCUCCCUAGUCCAAAGCCUCAUGACCGUACUGAUCAGUGAACAUAACCGUCUGUACUCGGGGAGGGGGGAGUUGGAGGUCCCUGUUCCCCAGCCAGAGGUGACCCUCCAGGGCCAACAGCUCCAUCAGCACAGCAUCGGUGGCUGGAUCUCCGAGGAGGACCUCCAGAGCUGCCCCACCAACCCCAACGAGGACCUCACCUGCAGCAGCGCCUCUUCUCUGGACGCAAAGCUCUGCGCUGCCACCACCCCUCCACCCAGACUGGCUCCUUCAGGGAAGGGGGAGACGGUGGUCAGCCCCAGCAAGCAGACCAAGAACCCCUCCUGGAAGUACUCCUUCAAGGGUACCUCAACGCCGCGGCCCCCUCCUCAGGCCGACGUCACCACCGUGUCCCCCAGUGGCAACUGGCUGAUGAACGGGCUGUCCUCUCUGAGGAGCCACAGGCGCACCUCCUCGGGGGAGCGUGUCAGGGACUCCACCGGCUUUUCCCAGAGACUGUCCACUUACGACAACGUCACGUCUUCCUCCAGCAUGGGCAGUGUCCCUAGCGUAGCCAGCACGCCUUGGUCCACCUCAUCCUGUGACAUCUCCGCACCCGACUCAGGCAGCGAGCCCUCAGGGCCUAACUGUGGUAACGGGAAGGGUCUAGGGGAGUGCCAAUGGCAGGAGCUAGCCUCACCCCAGGGCCCGGGCCAGGGUCAGAGGGGAGGCCGGGAGGAGGAGAGAGUUGGAGAUAGGGUCUCAGAGCAGGAGCAGGACAGUAGUGAAGCCAUGGAGCUGUGUGUUAGCAGUGCAGGCUGCAGUGACAAUGGGAAUACCAUAGCCAAUAUGGUGGUGCCGUCCAUCGUGACGCCAGAAGACCUUGACAGAGGCUCCAAAGCACUUACCAGCCUGGUGGAGGGCCUGAAGGACGAGCUGAGGAAACAGAAGGUGGCCUAUGAGACCAGGAUCAAAAAGUACGUCUGCAGGUUAUUUACUGUACUAUUGGGGAUAAUAAGUCAGAAUUUUGAAUGAAACUGGUGAGAAACAGGUAAUGUGAACAUAACAACAAAAUGUGCAUUGUCUGAGUAGACUGAUUCCUAGUGUCCAAAAAAAUCAAAGGACUAAAGUAUUUUCCCUUCCAAAAUACUCAAUAUUGCUGUAAAUCAGUCAACAAUCUUUCUCGGGUUACUUGCAGGUAUUGAGGAGCGCCGGCUCUACAUUUAUGUAAAUCAACCUGUGUGUGUGUGUGCCCCCUGCAGGCUGGAGGAGUCCAGUGCGGCACUGGGUGCUCAGAUGGAGCGUCUGGAGCAGGAGAUGGAGCAGGAGAGGAAGAAGCAGCGGAUGCUGGAGAUCAAGCUCCGCAACUCAGAGCGUGCACGUCACGACGCAGAGAACAGGAACCGGCUCCUGGAGAAGGAAAUGGAGGACUUCUUCUCCACUCUGGGGGACCUGGCUCUGGGCUCAAGGACUAGCGACAUUUAAUAGCCCUGGUCAUAGACCUCUAUAGUCUCUUCCCACAGCCGAGUGCCAUGAGUCUGGCAAGCAAGACUGACAACUACAUGGACUCAGUGAAUAAUACUGCAUGUUGUCCAACGCAGGCAGCUGCGUCUCUCAAUGUUUCCUCAGGCCUCAAAGUGUGCCUAUAACUACCACGAGUAUCUAUCUGGAUGGAAUUCCAUGUCGUUUGGUGACAAAGCCUCGGUCCUUGGUUUACUCUGGUCAACUCUGUCAGUAUACCUUUAAUGUAAAGCAAAGGGUUUCAACUGCUAUCAUUAUGACUAUACAAUAAUCCCUUCUGUGUUAAUCAUAUGCUGCCUACUACAGUACACAAUAUGCAAAUACAACAUUACCAAAGCUGGACUCUGCUAAGGACCAGGGUUGAAGCUGCCAUGUCGGUUUGGGGCACAUGAAGCUGACCACUGCCCUCAAAGAAACAAUGAAGAAGUGUGCUGGCUGUGCCUUUGCGGUCUUUUUGAAUUUAAAAAAGAAAAUGUUCUCCAGAGGUGUAGUUAGUCAAUUACUGUCAAUAAUACUCACAUGGUACAUGUAUUGCUUAACUUUAUCACUACUCCAAAUUUGUUGAAGAGCAACAAGACAUCCUCAGAAUCACUUGCAGUAAGAUGACAAUCGCGGAGGUGCAUAUAGAUGGCAGCCCCCAUGUACUUGCCCCAAACGCCUCGUUUGAUAAGUUUGCUGUAUUGCUCUCCUGUACUCCAGCCACCCAUUAGCACAGUAUACAUAAUCCCAAUUCUAGCUCCAAGACGCCGGCGAUUUUAAAAACAAAGAAGUAUAAUGUUCUGAUUUAUUGGCGUGUUAAUUGAAUGAACAUUUUGAAACUUUAUGUAUACUUUAGUGAAUGUAACUGUGUUGUUGAUCAAGCCAUCCCUGUAAAUUGAGUCUAAACUAAUUAUUAAAACAAUGAUAUAGAUUUGAAUGCAUAACAAUUAUAUACAUUUCCCAGAAAAUUAUUAUGUGAUCGUUGCAUGUGGUGAAACUGUGGAUAGAAUCCCCUUUUUCAGCAAAUGAUUACUUCUACUGCAUAGAAAUGGCUUGAGGCCUGAACACAAAACAUGAUUUGGUUCUUGAACAUCCCUAUAAGCAGUAUAAUAAUGUGCAUUCAUUUUAAGGCAAUGUAACUGUAUUUUUUGUUUUAACAUUUUAUACAGACCCUUUUCAUAUGCUGUUCAUAUGCUAAUGUUUACAAGGUGGUGUUUUGAAAGACAACCGAUAUAGACAAGCGUCUAUAGUGGUCGCCCUGUCGAUGACAGCAGUUGAAAUUAUUAUUUUCUCUUAAAACAAACUUAGGCUAAAUGUUUGUCUUUGAUUAAGAUUUAAGUUGCUUAUUCUACACACUUGUAAUGAAUGGCAUUAUGGCAAUCUAAGUAAAUAAAGAUGACAGGUGCCAUUUCGUGACUGAUAC